AUGGUUUGUUCUUCACAAUAUCAUCUCUCCUUGUUCCUCCUCCUCCUCCUCUCUCUAUUUUUCACUCUUUCUUCCUCCCACUCCCACUCUAUAACUUUAUCCCUCUCCUCCCCUACAAAGACCCACCACCUGUCGGCCGCGAUCGACCGCCAAUGGCAACAGCUUCUACAGAAGGCCGCCCACGAAUCCCGCAAAAUCUCCUCCAUUUCGCCCAUCUUCGCCAGCAGGGACGGCGUGUACACUUUCCCCCUCAACUUCGGCACGCCGCCACAAACCCUUCCGUUCGCCCUCACGAGUAGCGGCGACCUCACCUCGUUCCCAUGCGAGGCCAACUACUCGUGCGUGAAAUGCACGGUCGACCCCAAGGAUAUUAUCGUAUUCAUGCCUAACCAAUCCAACUCGUCGUCUCUGGUACACUGUGACGACCCGUUACUGAAUAACACCGUCUCCUCAAAUCUAAUUCCGGUUUGCACCGAAUGCAUCUCAGACGACUCGUGCUCCAACCAACUCGCGGAGUACGCCGACGACGAAGAUGGCUCGAUUGCGACGUCGGGGGUUAUUUUGUCCGAGACCCUAACCCUACCCAGAGGAGAGAAGGAGCCGGCCAAGCGCAAUAUCCUCGUUGGGUGCGCUUCCAAGUCGGAGGGAUGGCCACAAGGUAUAGGGAUCGUUGGGUUCGGCCGCGUCCCUUCGUCCCUCGCGUCACAACUCAAUCUCACGAAAUUCUCCCAUUGUUUUGUCUCCAAGCGAUACGAAGGAAACCACAAUGUAAGCGGCGCUUUGGUUCUCACUUGGGGGGAAGAUAACGACGAAAGAGAUCAAAACAAAAAAGAUACCAAAGGCAUUCGCUACACUCCGUUGAGAAAGUUCAAGAACGCGACGUGGCAAAACGCGUGUUACUAUGUCGACGUAGAGAAGAUCGUGGUCGGGAGAGUCAAGGUGGAGGUCCCGAAGGAGUAUCUGGUCGCGGACGAGGCUGGAAUCGGGGGAAUGAUGGUGGAGGCGGGGUACACGGUUUCGUUCAUGGACAAGCACGUGUUCGAACCGUUGGUGCGGGAGUUUGUGAAGCAAGUCGGGAAGAAGUACAAAAGGGCUAAGGAGGUGGAGAAGGAGUUUACGUACAAGCCAUGUUAUAAUAUCGGUUCAAAGGGUAUAAAAGGUAUGCCGAAAAUGGGUUUCGGUUUUGAAGGGGGGGUCGAGUUGGUUGUGCCGUUGGAAAAUUUCUUUUCGUAUUGGAACGACUCGGUCAUAUGCAUGACGAUAUUGUCGGAUGAUAAUGAGACGACGGGAGAUGAGCUAGACGGGCCUGCGAUCGUGUUGGGUCAGUGGCAGAUGCAGAAUGUUUACGUGGAAUACGAUUUGGCCAACAAUCGUCUUGGGCUCCAGCUCAGAAGCUGCUCAAAAGGUUCUUAA